CCCAACCCUCGGGAUACCGGCGGCCCCCCUACCCCGGGACGUAGCGUCACAUCCGGGGGUGGGGAUGUGAAGCAUUGCGGUGGCGAGGGACAAAGCGGAGAGCAGGAGAAGAGGGGACCGGCCACAUCCCCGAGGAUCAGGUGUAGCUGCUCCCAUGGAGUUGGGGACCACCCAGUCAGAGCACAGAUAGCACCACCAUCACCCCAAGGUGAGCCAUGAUUCCUGUUACAGAGCUGCGGUAUUUUGCCGACACACAACCGGCUUAUCGCAUCCUGAAGCCGUGGUGGGAUGUCUUCACGGACUACAUCUCAAUCGUCAUGCUCAUGAUAGCAGUGUUUGGGGGCACCCUGCAGGUGACGCAGGACAAAAUGAUCUGCCUGCCAUGUAAAUGGGUCACCCACGACAGAUGUAACGAUUCGUACCGUGCCUGGACGCCCGCAGAGCCGGAGUACACAAACAGUAGCUUGGGCCCUCCACCCGAACUGGGCCCCACAGGCAUAAAAUAUGACUUGGAUAGACAUCAGUAUAACUACGUGGACGCUGUGUGCUAUGAGAAUCGGCUGCACUGGUUUGCAAAGUACUUUCCCUACCUUGUGUUGUUGCACACGUUGAUAUUCUUGGCCUGUAGUAACUUCUGGUUUAAGUUUCCCCGCACCAGCUCCAAAUUGGAGCAUUUUGUUUCCAUCUUGCUGAAGUGCUUCGAUUCACCUUGGACUACUCGAGCCUUGUCUGAGACUGUGGUGGAAGAAAGCGAUACCAAGCCCGCUGGGAAGAUGAAUGGCUCGGUGGACAAGAAGUCCUCUACAGCCAGUGAAGAUGUGGAAGCAACGGUGCCUAUGCUCCAGAGAAGUAAGUCUAGAGUGGAGCAGGGGAUUGUCGACAGGUCAGAGACUGGAGUCCUGGAUAAAAAAGAGGGCGAGCAGGCAAAAGCCUUGUUCGAGAAGGUGAAAAAGUUCAGGACUCACGUUGAGGAAGGAGAUAUAGUCUACAGGCUGUACAUGCGGCAGACAAUCAUCAAAGUCAUUAAGUUCAUUCUGAUCCUGUGCUACACGGUGUAUUAUGUCAGCAGCAUUACUUUCGAUGUGGACUGUAAGGUGGACAUAGAAAGCCUCACUGGUUACCGCAUGUAUCGCUGUGCUCACCCCUUGGCCACGCUCUUCAAAAUCUUAGCCUCUUUCUACAUCAGUCUCGUGGGCUUUUAUGGCCUUGUCUGCGUUUACACGCUCUGGUGGAUGCUGAGAAGAUCCUUAAAAAAAUAUUCCUUUGAGUCCAUCCGAGAGGAGAGCAGCUACAGUGACAUCCCAGACGUGAAGAACGACUUUGCCUUCAUGCUGCAUCUCAUAGACCAGUACGAUCCUCUCUACUCCAAGCGAUUUGCCGUCUUUUUGUCAGAAGUAAGCGAGAACAAAUUGAGACAACUUAACCUCAAUCACGAAUGGACACUGGACAAGUUACGCCAGAGGAUCACCAAGAACUCUCAGGACAAGCUGGAGCUGCACCUUUUCAUGCUGAGCGGUAUCCCCGACACUGUGUUUGAUCUUGUAGAGCUGGAGGUCCUGAAACUGGAACUUAUACCAGAUGUUACCAUCCCUCCUAGCAUUGCCCAACUAACGGGUCUAAAAGAACUCUGGUUGUACCACACGGCAGCUAAAAUUGAGGCACCAGCUUUGGCUUUUCUCCGAGAAAAUCUGAAGUCAUUACACAUUAAAUUCACCGAUAUAAAGGAGAUUCCGCUCUGGAUCUACAGUCUGAAAAACUUAGAGGAGCUGCACUUGACUGGAAACUUGAGCGCUGAGAACAACAGAUAUAUAGUCAUCGAUGGCCUACGAGAGCUGAAGAGGUUGAAAGUGUUAAGGCUGAAGAGUAACCUGACUAAGUUACCCCAGGUUGUGACUGAUGUGGGCAUACACCUGCAGAAGCUCUCGGUCAACAAUGAGGGCACCAAGCUGAUGGUCCUCAACAGUCUUAAAAAGAUGGUUAAUCUGACAGAGCUGGAGCUGGUGCGCUGUGAUCUGGAGAGGAUCCCUCACUCCAUUUUUAGCCUUCACAACCUGCAGGAGAUUGACUUGAAGGACAAUAAUCUGAAGACCAUUGAGGAGAUUAUCAGCUUCCAACACUUGCACAGACUCACCUGCCUGAAGCUCUGGUACAACCAUAUUGCCUAUAUACCAAUUCAGAUUGGCAAUCUGGCCAGCCUCGAGCGCCUCUACCUUAACCGCAACAAGAUAGACAAAAUACCCAUUCAGCUAUGCUUGUGCCGAAAGCUCCGACAUCUUGACUUGAGCCACAAUACCCUUACUAGCAUCCCAUCGGAGAUUGGGCAGCUACAGAACUUGCAGUAUUUUGCGGUGACUGCCAACCAUAUUGAGAACCUGCCGCCGGAGCUUUUCCAGUGCAAGAAACUUCGUACCCUCAAUCUAGGGAGCAACGCUCUGCAGUCUCUCCCGUCCAGAGUGGGCGAGCUCACCAACCUGGCCCAGAUGGAGCUGAGAGGCAACAGACUCGAGUGUCUUCCCGUAGAGCUGGGGGAUUGUCACCUCCUAAAACGCAGCGGACUGGUGGUUGAGGAGGACCUGUUCAACACUUUGCCUCUGGAAGUGAAGGAGAAGUUAACCAGGGCGGACAAGGAGCCCGUCUGAGGAACCCGCAGCAGAUCCUCCUAAUCCUGUCCCAUUGAACACUAUGAGGACCUAUGUUAUAGAACUCAGCACUGGAGGGGAAGAGGGGGGGAUCAUCUGCUAAUUUUAAACUUCCAAAAAAAAGGACCACGAAUUGUCCCUGUGAGCACUGAACAAAAUAACCUGGCCUGUCCUAUAACACACUGGAUGAGCCUGGAAGGGAAGGAAGGCCUCCACCCGUUCCUGUUGUGUGCGGACGGCCUAUCUCCAGACAGACAGCUUUAACUCAUUACCGCCAUCCCAUGCUUCUUCCUCUACGGCUAUUUUUAGGAAGGAUUCCUGGUGCUUUUUAUUUUGUCUGCUGUCCUCUUCUCCGUUGACACCAAUGAACUUUCUGUUCUCUUCAGUUUUAUUCUCUUGUUUGUUUUUUUUUUUGUUUGUUUUUUUGCAUGAUGGGCGAAAGUCCCCGAAUCCCUAUAGCGCCUUAAUUUAAAGGGGUACUCCGGUGGAAAACUAACUUUCUGGCAACAGUUGA